GGAUCGAAAUUUCAGUUGAUCCUGUCUUUUUGAGUGCUGCCCAAAGCAAUGUUGAACUUUAGAAGAUUGAAAACGUGUAGUACAUAACAAGGGGCUGAACAUUUGGUGUAUAUUGUAACAUAAACUAACUUAGAGGAAAUGACUCUGAUUUCAAGCUGUUCGAGUUGUUAGUGUAUAUGGGCUAGUCCGUGGAGAUUGACUUAGGUGGAACAAUGAAAGCCAGAUCUGAGUUUCGUAAUGUCCACCAUGUAUGUAUGGUGUCAGAUUUCUUCUAUCCCAACAUGGGUGGAGUUGAGAGCCAUAUUUAUCACCUUGCACAAUGUUUGAGGGCUAGAGGACAUAAAGUAAUCAUUGUUACCCAUGCAUAUGGCAACAGGACAGGCAUACGAUACCUCACAAACGGCAUGAAGGCUUAUUAUCUACCAAUGCUGCCAUUUUACAAUCAAUGUGCUCUCCCUACUGUAUUCACCACACUGCCAAUAAUGCGUCAGAUUUUCAUUCGAGAGAAAAUAACUGUUGUGCAUGGACAUUCUGCUUUUUCAACACUUGCACAUGAAGCUAUGUUCCAUGCUAGAACUAUGAAUAUUAAUGCAGUGUUUACGGAUCAUUCAUUGUUUGGAUUCGCAGAUGCCAGCUCAAUCAUUACAAAUGCAAUACUACGAUUUUCAUUGUCAGGAGUAAAUCAUGGAAUCUGUGUAUCUAAUACAAGCAAAGAGAAUACUGUAUUGAGAUCUGGAAUCAACCCCGAACUGGUCUCAGUGAUUCCUAAUGCAGUAGACGCGGUCAUGUUCACCCCAGAUCCGUCUCAAAGAACACCUGGUCAGAUUACAAUCGUCGUAGUGAGCAGACUUGUAUAUAGGAAGGGUAUUGAUCUGCUUGCUGGUGUUAUACCCUCAAUAUGUGAGAAAUACCCUGAUGUUCAAUUCCUCAUAGGGGGUGAUGGUCCCAAAAGAGUAUUACUAGAGGAGGUUAGAGAACAGCAUCAGUUACAUAAUAGAGUUAAACUCCUUGGCACCAUUGCCCACACAGAAGUUCGUAAUGUCCUUGUAAAGGGGGACAUAUUUUUAAAUCCUUCACUAACUGAGGCAUUCUGUAUUGCAAUAGUAGAGGCAGCCAGUUGUGGAUUACAAGUAGUUAGUACAAGGGUAGGAGGCGUCCCGGAGGUUCUUCCGCCAGAAUUUAUACGUCUUGCCCAACCAAGCGUCUCAUCUCUCUUGACUGAAGUGGAGGGAGCAAUCCAUGAUCAUAGAAUGGGACUUUACCUUCCAGUACAUGUUGCACAUAAUCGUAUCAAAGCCAUGUAUAGAUGGCAAGAUGUAGCACGACAGACUGAGGCAGUCUAUGACAGACUUCAACUUUCUCCAGCAUUGGAUAGCUGGGAGAGGAUCACAAUGUAUCGUAAUUCUGGACCAUUUGCUGGUAUCAUAUUCACAAUGCUAGCCAUUAUAAACUAUUUUUUCUUGUGGUUCUUGGAGUGGUGGCAACCUCUGGAAAACAUAGAUGUGCUUUCAGAAGCACCACUGGACACAAGCGGGUCAUUUAGUGACAAUCAUGACAUUACCGGAUCAAGUUCAAACAGAAAAUUAUGUAAAGAGAACUAACAAUGAGAUGUUUAUCAGAAACUUAUCAUAGAAAUAUAUAA